AUGGAUGGCCUACCUGGCAUCAGACGCUCGGCGUUCGAGAAGCUUGCGGCAUUGGCUGUCAAGUCGCCGGCCAGAGACGAAGAUUCAGACCUUGCUCGUUUGACCGAACAGUCUCGAUCGACUCGUCAAACUGAUGGACCUAUCAGCGGAAUUCUCAAGAACCAAGCACCUACGUCUCGAAUCCCAAUGGGCAUUCGUGAGCUUGAUGUCCUUCUCGCUCUAUGUAAGGCGGCCCCUUCGGUGGGUGAUUUUGAAAACGCCUCGCAACUAGUCACGCAACUGUCUUUAUACCUGCCCGAGUCCCCUAGCCAGUUGUUUCGCUCGUCGCCAUUUCUCCAAAACGUGAAACCGUCGCCAUGGGAAUCUCUUUCGCAUAAUCUCACAUCCGCUAUUCUGUCACUGGGCAUAAAAUAUGCACCGCUGCGUAAACAAAGCCUAAGCGCAAUUGAUGGACUCCUCAGCAACUGUACCGAUGCCAUUAAUGGAGUCACUCCUUUCCAAUACUCCACAUCUGAAGCGGGAGGUCGAAGUGUGGUGCACGAAUCUAUUUCCAUAUUGUCAAUCGCAAUCUCACUUGUUGGAUUUUUGGAGGCCUCGGCGAAGCACACCGUAAUCUGGUCAGCCAGUGAGAAGCUACAGAUCAUUGAUCAGCUGCGCAAGAUGCUCUCAGAGUCCUUCAUGAUUGCUGUCGAAACGGCUUCUUCCAUCGUUCGUAACGCCAGUGGUUUGGAAAUCGCCAUUCAGGAUUGGAGAAAGUACACAAGACGAUACGCAGCCCAUGGACGCCCCAUAGGUGCCAUGUUGCUACAAGAGGGCUUUAUGGGCUUCGUGAAAUCGUGCGUAGCUUCUCUAAUCGGAUCGCAAGACCUGCCCGAUGAUCAACUUCUGGACGAAUACAUUGCUGGCGUUGGGAUUGCCAAGAGCCACGACCAGGCCGAUAUUGCACUGAUCGAGCGAGCCACAGAUCUCAUCAGUGAGCAAAUCCACCUGCUUCAAGACAGUUCGGACUAUCUCCAGGUUGGUUCACCUUCGCAGCAGAGGCUUGCAUCUUCUGUGAAAGGUAAUGCCUUGAUUGGUUUCUUGAACUGCGUUGUUCUCGGUGAAGAUGCCACCAACAACGACGUACUUUUGUCCUGGCUCGAGGAUACAAUGGCCGACUCCCAGCAAAUGGCGAACACGGAGCUGGCAAUGAUUGCAUUGAAAUGUACAGCAAUUCUUGCCAGAAUGUCUCCAACUGGUGCAUCGAUCGGAAGGCGGUGUUUGUUGAAAUUUAUAUCUCAAGGAGCUACGCCAAUGGGUUCGGUCGCUACCGUGGCCUCACGAUGCCUUGCUCAGAUUCUGACUAUUCUCUCCGAAGAUGCUGUCAUUACGACACUUUAUGCGCUAGGAAAUGUACUGAGCCCGAAACCUACCGUUGAUCAAGAUCAAUUUAAUAACGAUGGGAACAACAUUGCGGGAUACUCACAAGCAGGUGAUGGAAGUCAAUCAUCCUUCUCUAGACCCGGAGAAGACGAAGCCAAUUCGACCCAUAGAAAUGCUGUCCAUGCAAUUGUCAUUGUUGCCACUAGUUGCCAAGAUGACAAGAUUAGCGCUCUGGCUCAAUCUAUGCUGCUGCAAAAAGUUGGUAAAAUCAGCGUUUCUGUGGAUGCAUACAUCAUCCAAGAGACUGCUGUGCUUGCCCUGAGUAGUGGUAAUGCAGAAUUUCAACUUCUGUUGAAGUUCUAUACUCGCGUUUACCAAGACGGACUAAAAAGAGGCGUGCAGGUGGUUUCCGAUGCUGUUCAGUGCGCCAUGACUUAUCUAUCUGUGACCUUGGAUCAAAAAUCCUCCCUCCACAAAAUCUAUCUUACACAUUUGCUUGAAAGCAUUGUCAAUAAGGGUGAUGUUCCCGACGCAGAAAGUGAACGUCAUGGGGAGGUUGUCUUCACCACUGGUGAAAUCACUCCUCUCCUGAAGCCCCUAGCACUUCUUGUAUCUUCCACCAAUGUGUUUGCGGGGAUUUCUAAUGGGAUUUCUAAUCCAAUUUUGGAUUAUGAUGAUACGACAUUGUCUCUCUUCCGUGAUGCCUGGUUUAAUAUUGCCAUCCACGGCAUCACGCUGAAUUCCAGUGUUUUCCAACAGCAUAUCAAAGAGCUUCGUUUGCUUGCGCGCCAUUCCCCUCCUCUCGUGGCCGAAGAUCGUAUGGAGUCUCUCGAAAGUGACGUGGAGCUUAAUACUGUGCUUCGAAGAGGGAUGAGCCCACAGCGAGUUUUGGAGCAGAAAAACACUCUGAUUUCUGAGCUACCUGGUCGUGAGUCUGAUAUCAAACGUUUGGACUACCCCCGAGCAGUCUUCCUGAAUGCGGUGAUGCUUGUUGAAAGCCUUCGUGCAUCAUCAGGAGACUGUACAAAGAUCCUCCAGUACUUCCGCGACCCCUCUGUGGUUACGGCUGAGAUGAUCACUUGCUUGAGUGCCGUUGCUGACAAGACGGUGACGUGCUACCUCUCGCGCACUCUGUCCGGCGAAUUUGAUGAGUUUUCGGCCCCUUACUUGUCAAAACAAUUGGCCACAUUCUUGGUUGCCUGCUGUCAUCGUAUCGAACGAGUCCAGAGUAUAGCAAUCCAAUGCACUGAUAAGAUCAUACGAGAUUGUCCCUCUGCACUCUGUGAGAAGCAUUCUCUUUUCGCUCUGCUGGAGAUUUUAACCGUCAUGUGGUCUUCUUGCUUGCAGGGGGAGCUUGAUGAAUUCGAUUGGAAUCCGACCCUAGUUUCCCCAAUGGGCAUCGUCAAAGUUGAUUUACCUGAUAACUAUGCGCUACGGAAGGUGACCCUUGAUCGGUUCCUUGUGCGCGCUAGGACAUGGGUCACGGAAGUUUUGAACAUUGCACCGCUAGAUAUCAAGGGUCUUCUCCAGACAUACCUCUCUGAAUAUGAUGACGAUGGUGACUAUGGACAUGUCUCCGUGGGUCGUUCUUUCGCCUUGGAGAUGGGUAGUCUCAUUCCAAAAAGUGAUGCAAGGCUUGGAUCUAUUGAUGGCUAUAAUGGCGAAGUUAAUAUUGCAUCUGACUUUAUGGCUCUGUAUACGACUCGUCAGAAAUAUCGUCGUGCUGAUUUAUCCUCAUUGGAUGCACCAUAUGGCGACUUCCGCCUUCAUACUGGCCGUAUACCAGUUGCGGAAAUUCAACCAGAAGCUGCCGAUGAGGUGGAAUUUGCCUUAUUCCGCCUCCAUCAACGCAGCAUGAACGGGGAGGACGUUUCUGUUGAGGCUAGGGACCUCUUGCGACAAGCUGCAGGUCUCAUUUGCAGCAGCAGUAAGCCUCGGCUGUCUGUUGUUCAUUUUUUGGUUUCAUUGCCCUUCCAAAUCUUCACGAAGGAUAUCAUCAAACUUGGUGUCUCUUUGUGGCUCGGUGUUAUUCACGAAAAUCCAAGCAUUGAACCGCGGAUCUUAGCGGAAGUUGUUGAGGGCUGGGAAAGAAGUAUUCAACGCCGUAAAGGGUUGUUUGAUCCCGAAUUUAGUGAUGCUGAUCCACUCAACGCCCUGAUCGAGCUUCUACCAACCGAUAAAGCAGUAAUGAUCAGAAAACAGUCAGAAGCACAGAACAAACUGUCACCUCACUCACGCGUUCUCCAAUUUUUCGAGAGCCAUUUCAAUGCUAUUCGCCUUGGCAACCUUCAAGACCAGCAAUUGUUCUGUCGUUUGAUUAACAGCACAAUUACUGGUCUUCUCAAAACACAGGCUCAUCCACUCGCGCGAGAGAUUCAUUUCCGUAUCAUUCUCUUUGCGCUGAACGUAUUGAAUCAUCUUAGCCCAGAUAAUAGUGCUGUGGCUUGGAAAAUGAAAGACCAGGUUCUUUCCGCUACCCUGAGCUGGUUCAGACACCCUCCUAGAUGGUCCUACGGAGGCAAUCGCCUGCAGAUGAAGGCAGAAGACAGGAUUCUUGGCGAUGUAGUCUCCGCUCUCCGGAACAUCGCACACAUCGCAGCUCAAUCCCACGGUUCUUACAAGUCCUUGCAAUCGAAACAAGAGCUGACUCAACUUUUUAUCGAGAACGAGAGAUCGCGUCUUCGAGUUUGGCUGUUCCCUCUGGAGCCGGAGCGGAAACACCACAUACCUUCUCUUGGAGGCAAAAACAGUUCAGAAGGUGCUGCCACCUUCCUCCGCCUUGCCUGGGCAGAAAGCCCAGGUUUGGCUAUUCAGCUUGCCACCCGAUUCCCAUCAAUUAAGAUGCAGACUGACAUUCGAUGGUUGAUUCUCAAUUUCCCUGAGAAAGCCAUGUCAGAGGCUAGCGCUCUGGAAAUAAUGUUCGACUCAUCUCUGCCAUCUGAUGUCAAUUUUCAACUGAAGUAUCUGUUGUUCUGGGCUCCAGUCAAUAUAAUGGAAGCCUUGACAUACUUUUUGCCCGCUUACGGCAACCACCCAUUUAUCCUGCAGUAUGCAAUGCGGGCUUUGGAGAGUCACUCUCUUGACGUUCGCUUCUACUUUGUAGCACAACUAGUCCAGGCACUGCGGUAUGAUGCUUUGGGUUAUGUUGAGCGCUAUAUCUUCGAGACAGCGAAGUUGUCUCAGCUGUUUGCCCACCAGGUCAUUUGGAACAUGAAGGCCAACUCUUACAAGGAUGAAGACUCUACAAUCCCGGAUCCGCUGAAGCCAACACUGGACCGCUUUGUUGAAGCUUUGAUAUCCAGCUUUACAAUUGCCGAGCGCGAUUUCUAUGAGCGAGAAUUUUCUUUCUUUAACGAGAUCACCGGUAUCUCUGGUAAGCUCCGGCCUUAUAUCAAGAGGAGUAAACCGGAGAAGAAGGAGAAGAUCGAAGAGGAACUACGCAAGGUCAAGGUGGAGGUUGGAGUCUAUCUUCCUAGUAACCCCGAUGGUGUAGUUGUGGGUAUUGAUCGAAAGUCUGGCAAGCCUUUGCAGAGCCAUGCAAAGGCGCCUUACAUGGCGACGUUCAGGAUCCAGAAGACGAGACCGCGUCUGGGGGUUAAGGAGACUCGCCCUCACACUGCGACUCAAGGUUAUGACCAGCAUCAGUUGGUCACUCAGUCAUCGGAGCCUGAGGUGGAGACAUAUGAAGUCUGGCAAUCGGCCAUUUUCAAGGUUGGUGACGACUGUCGCCAGGACAUGCUUGCGUUACAAAUGAUUGCGGCAUUCCGAAGCAUCUUUAAUAGUGUUGGGCUAGAUGUCUGGGUCUUUCCGUACCGGGUCACUUCCACGGCACCUGGCUGUGGUGUCAUUGACGUUUUGCCUAACUCGAUUUCUCGCGACAUGCUUGGACGUGAGGCUGUAAAUGGAUUGUAUGAUUACUUUGUCUCCAAAUACGGAGGGGAAGAUUCGAUCAAAUUCCAGGAGGCCCGCACCAACUUUGUUAAGAGUAUGGCAGCGUACUCGGUCAUCUCAUUCCUGCUACAGUUCAAGGAUCGCCACAAUGGAAACAUUAUGAUUGACGAUGCUGGGCAUAUCAUCCACAUCGACUUUGGAUUCUGCUUCGACAUUGCACCUGGUGGUGUUCGGUUUGAGCGAGCGCCGUUCAAACUGACAUCGGAAAUGGUAGCUGUGAUUAGUGGAACCCACGAUCCAGCUCAUCACAAUGCAGGCAUCAGUCUUCCAGGAACCAAUUCAUUCAACCCAACCGCCACACAGUCCUACCGUUGGUUCGAGUCCUUGGUUGUCAAGUCAUUCUUGGCCUCACGUCCUUACUGUAAUAAGCUGUCACAUAUCGUGUCAUUGAUGCUGGACAGUGGUCUUCCAUGUUUCAAGCCCGAGACUCUCAAGAAUUUCCGCGACCGGUUUGUCCUGGAGAAGAACGAUCGCGACGCAGCCGAGUACAUGCGAGAUCUUACGCGCAAGUCUUACAUGAGCCGGUCUACCAAGGGAUACGACCAAUUCCAAUUGAUGACCAACGGUAUUCCAUACUAA